UAGUUGUUGGUAACCUCAGUUAUGGAAUGAAAUUACCUAUCCAUGUACCAGGAACGGAUUUGAUUGGGUGUGUUAUUUAUUAAUGACUCAUGGGCGGAAAUUAAGCGUUUGGCCUUUUGAUUGAUGUCUACUGGCCGCCUGAAUGGCUCAUUGACCUAUAAAAUAAGGGCUUGCUAAAACGGGGGCGCGUCAGCCUAAUAGAGACAGUUUAUCAUGGAGGACUCCACAGAAUUCAUUCUCCAGGAUCAAGGCUCCAGGAUGGUCCAUAGCAGUAAGGACAACCCCAUCCUGACAGUUGCUACUGGGGCUUUGCUCGCUGGCCUCUACGGAAUGUGGACUAUGUUUGCCCUUCCUGGCUUCCGCAAAGUUCCAAGAAGACUCAAGGUGCCUUACCUGCCCUCGAGUAAAGCUCAGAUCGUAAACGUCAUGCAGCUGCUGGAGGGACGCAGAGGCCAACUAGUUGAUCUGGGAUCAGGAGACGGGAGACUGGUGUUUGCUGCCUACUCUGUUGGCCUCCAGUGUACUGGAUUUGAGAUCAACUCCAUGUUGCUGGCAUAUGCUAGAGUGAAGGCACACUGGACAGGAGUACCACCCAGCCAGGCAAACUUUGUCAACAAGGACUUCUGGAAGACUGAUUUGUCAAACUACAACAACGUGACUGUAUUCCUAGCCCCAGGAUUGAUGGAGGUGCUGUGUGAGAAGCUUCUGAGGGAGCUUCCUGAUGACGCGUGUGUCGUCGCCUGCCGCUUCCCCUUCCCCCAGUGGCCCCACCGAGCCUCGCAGGGCGACGGCCUCGACCAGGCCUGGGCCUAUGACAUCAGCACUGUACGCUCAGCCCUGGGCCAGGCAUGACCCUAUGACCUUAUACUGUGCAUCGAUGACUGGAUUAAUCCUAAUAUCAUUCACUGGUUCACACCAAACCCAAUAUAUGCUAAUUAUCACCCCAAAUCAAAACCAGUAUCGCCAACUGCUUCUGUCUUUGUGUACAUUUUAUUUUUUGAUUUAUUCAAAAGGCACUCGCACAUCUGAGCUAUCUUUGUUGCAGGUGCAUGGUAACAGUUGAACAAGAUGAGAAAAAAGAAGAAACCCGCACACUGCUCUUGAUAGUAUCACUGCUCUUUAAUAAGCUCUACCCGUAUCGGCCUCAUGGCCUUCCUCAGAGCAUUUGUGAGUUUAAAAAAAAGUUUAACACCCUUAUGUAGACAUAGCUCCACCCACAUAUGUUCAAUGCAUCGAAUGGGAUUGGAGUUGAGGGAAAAUUAUUAGAAUAUUUAUGUUAUAUUUUGUAAUGCUUAUUAAACCGUCCCCUCGCCCAUACCCGGGCUCGAACCAGGGACCCUCUGCACACAUCAACAACAGUCACCCACGAAGCAUCGUUACCCAUCACUCCACAAAAGCCGCGGCCCUUACAGAGCAAGGGGAACCACUACUUCAAGGUCUCAGAGCAAGUGACGUCACCGAUUGAAACGCUAUUUAGCGCGCACCGCUAACUAAGCUAGCCGUUUCACAUCCGUUACGCUUACUUAAGUGUUAACAUAAAACAUAUUAAACGGGUGUUGUUGGAAGUAGACUAAAGUGCAGAGUGGUCAGCUACAUUUUAAUUUUAUUGUAAAAUGUUGCCAACAAAACAACAAACGAAAGCAACAACCGUGAAGCUUAUAGGGCUAACUGCCACAAACAAAGUUAACUACCCACACUGAAGGAGGGGAAAAGGGCUACUACCUAAGUUUGAUUCCCAAUCAGAGACAACGAUAGACAGCUGUCCCUGAUUGAGAACCAUACCCGGCCAAAACAUAGAAAUAAAGAAACAGAACACAAAACAUAGAAUUCCCACCCCACAUCACACCCUGACCUAACCGAAUAGAGAAAUAUUCACUUUGUAUGUUGUCUACCUCACUUGCUUUGGCAAUGUUAACACAUGUUUCCCAUGCCAAUAAAGCCCUUGAAUUGAAUUGAAUUGAAAUAAAAACGUCUUUCUAAGGUCAGGGCGUAACAACACGUCUGUCAAACCACAAUGAGGACAUCAACCCAUCAAGAACGUUUUCAUAAAUCAUUGAAUUUGAAAUGGUGGCAUUAAUUCAUGUUCACAUUUACAACAUAACGUAUAAAGGCAUUACAUCAUUAAGUCAUUUAGGAAAUAAUGUCUGGAGGGUGAAAAUCCCAAAACAAUUGACUUUUGCUCAGUGUUAUUUAUAUCGCCUCCCAUGUCUGAUAUCUUCACUUUCUCUAUGCCACAAAUUCUAAAGGUAGAAAUAUCAUGUUUUUGGUCUUUAACAUGUACUGUGACUAGAUAAUACCUGUCGUUUCUCCUGAUUGAACUAUUACGUUCACUAAUUGUCUGAGAGAAGCAGAGGUUUAACCUACAGAACACAGCCCACAUGGACAUUUAAUAAUGUAAAUAACAUGGGUGGUGGAGCACGUAAUAAUGUCAUUUAUUUGGAACCGUUUUCUUGUAUGUGAGUGGCAGAAAUAUUCACACUCCAUCAUAUUGUUGCACUGUGCACCAUUCGGAAGAGGGCGUUAAAGAGCCCGGCUCAUUUUCUUUUGUGGCUGGCAGUUGGCUUGGACCAAUUUCUCGCGUAAAUUGCUUCCUCCUAUAUACAAUAAAUCGUGGAUUCUUAAAUUCAGCUGGCAGAGCUGGGUCCGAUGAUAAAACAUGCCAGUGUUUCCUGACAUCAUCUCCCACUUUGCGCGAGUGCAAAGUAUAUGUGGAGGUGAACAUUACAGAGUGUUCUUUAGCUUUAGUGGGUCUUUUUUGUAGCAGUUCAUCUCGUGUUUUCACUCAUUCCAAAUUAAGAGCUUCAUCCACACAUUGUAAUACUAGUAAGAGCAGUUUGUUGAUUUAUUGAACAAUAUAUGAAGGGUGAGGUGUGUGCCAAGCUUCAUUGGUCAAAUGUAAAGGAAGGGAAUUAUAAAUAUGUCCUUACACUGUAAUUAAACCAGGUGCCAGAUACUCUAUGUCCCGUGAGAACAAAUAUGCAGAUAAUUUGAAGUAAUUAUGUCAAUUAGUCUUUCCCACUGUGGUGUGAAAGUAAGGUUGCAAACUGUGAGAGAAAUUAAUACAAUUCUAUUUUCUGGA